CUGAAUCAGAAAUUCAGAAUUAUUAUUUUGUAAAAACAAAAACAUUACUAAAAAUGAGUCUGUGUUUAAGAUCGAAGUAUUUACGACCAAACUUAAUAGGUUCUUUAUUCCGAUAUUCGACUUCGCAAGUGGAAGCAAUUGAACAAAAUGAUCAAGUUUUAGUGGAAGAUGAAGAUGCAUUAGCAAGAGAAGCUGAGAUAGAACGAAAAAGAAACGUAUCUAGAUUAACAGAGGCACAUUGGAAUCUUGUUAACGGUCGAAGACCUUAUGUAGAGCCGAAGAAUUGGUCUCACUUGACGGUUAAAUAUAAUAGGAAAUUGUAUGGAAAAUAUGGCAGUGCAAGUGGUGUUAACCCAAGUCUUUGUUUUCCAACACGAAAUGAAAUACAAGAGAAAAUGGAGUAUGAAGCUAUAGCAUAUCCAAUUACUAUAAAACAAAUGAUGGAAACUGCAGCAAAGAACAGGAAGGAACAGGAAGAAAGAAUUCAACAAAGAGACAGGGAUGUUGCCGCUAAAUAUGCCAAGCUGGACCAGUGGAAGAAGGAUCUCCUUGAUAAGAUAGCCAAGAAAACUGCUGAAGUCAAUGCAGCUAAAGAAAAGAAAGAGAGAUUAGUAGAAGAAGUCAGAAGACACUUUGGUUUCAAGCUAGAUCCUCGUGAUGAGAGGUUCCAGGAGAUGCUGGCUAAACGGGAGAAGGAACAGAAGAAGCUGGAGAAGCAAGCCAGAAAAGAAGCUAAAGAAAAAGUCAUGUUGGCCAAACUACAGCAGAAGAAUGUAGAGAUAAGUGAUUUGAAGAAGUAAACUAUUUUAAAUUGUAGAGUAAUUAAUUGUUAGAGUUAAUAAACUGUUAAUAUAA